AUGUGGCUGGUGCCCCUGGCCCUGGUCCUGGCCUCGUCACACGCCAUUUCCCAGGAGAUCUCCAAGAUUAUCAACAGCUCUAAUGGCACCCAGGGUGCCCUGCCUGGAGUCAAGGAAUGCAUCCCCCAUUCCCAGCCGUGGCAGGCGGUUCUGCUUGUGAAUAAACGGCUGCUCUGUGGGGGCAUCCUUAUUCACCCCAGCUGGGUGCUGACUGCAGCUCACUGCCAGAAGAACAAGUAUACAGUGUUCCUGGGGAAACAUGCCUUGGGUUACAGUGAGGCAGGGGAGCAAGUCCGAAGGGUCACCUGUUCUGUCCCCCACCCACUCUACCGGAGCAGCCCAACCCAUCAAAGUCAUGACCAUGAUAUUAUGCUCCUGCAUCUACAGAAGCCAGCCCAGCUCAAUAACCACGUUCAGGUCCUUCCCUUACCCUCCCAGGAAUACUUGCCUCCUGGCACCUGCUGUACAGUGUCUGGCUGGGGCACCACCACCAGCCCUCAGGUGAAUUACCCCAAAACUCUACAGUGUGCUGAAAUUCAACUGCGUUCAGAUGAGGAAUGUCAUCAGAGCUACCCAGGGAAGAUCACACCCAACAUGCUGUGUGCUGGAUCCCCAGAGGGUGGCAAAGACUCUUGUGAGGGUGACUCAGGGGGCCCCCUGGUCUGUAACGGGAUUCUGCAAGGUGUGAUCUCCUGGGGGGACUUCCCAUGUGGUCAGCCUAACCGGCCAGGUGUCUACACUCGUGUUUCCCGCUAUGUGGAUUGGAUCCAGAAUGUAAUCAAGACCAGGGAUCCAUGGAGGAAGAAGGGAAUGGAAUAA